AUGUCAUUAUUGUUAGAGAUUUCCUCUUUAAAGAGAAAAAGAGAUAGUAAUAAUAAUCAUAAUAGUGAUUAUAAUGAUCAUCAAACAACAACAACAACAACAGUAUUCACUGAGAAACAAUCAAAUAAAGAUAGAUCAUUUAAUAAAUCUUUAAAAUUAAAAAGAAAGAAAUAUAAAAAUAGAUUAAAUAAAGAGAGUAACAAUAGCAAAUCUAAAAAAAAUAAUAAUAAUCAUACUAAAAAGAAAAGAUUACGAUGGAUAGCUAAAUCGAUUUUUGAUAGAUUCGGUAAAUCGGGUAUUGAAAAUCGUUGUCAUUACUUGAAAUCCAAUGGUAGAAGAUGUAGAACCUCUAUCAAUAUUAAAUCAGCCAGUAGUAAUGAUAUUGCAAAUGAUAGCAAUAACAAUAACAAUAACAACAACAGCUUGUUGUUAUGUAAAUAUCAUGACUCUACAACCAAAGAUAAACAUAGAUGUAGUGGUUUAACAAAGAAUUUAGAACAAUGUAAUCGAUUGAUAAAAAGAUCUUCAAACUAUUGUAAGGUUCACGAAAAGAUAUUUGUAGCUACCUCUACUACACCUUUGGCAAUCAAUUCGAAAAGUGAACAACAACAAAACCUAUUACUGUCACAACUACAUCAAAAGACACAACAACAGCGACAACAACAGCAACAACGUCAAAUAGAUGAUGAUCAAGAAAUACCUUUUGAUUUUUCAAAUAACAAUGAAAAAAGAUUGUUAAAAUUAAGACAAAAGAGAUUGGAAUCAAGUAAAAGAAAUAAUAUAAAGUUGAGUGGUAAUGGUAGUGGUAUUGUUAGCAAUAAUAAUAAUAAACAAAAUAAAAAGAGAAAAGAUAAGCAAAGAACAGAUAACAAUAAUUUGAUAAAGAAUAAAAGAAAAUUCAAUAAAGGUUAUUAUCAACAAAAGAAGAAGAAGGACAAUGCUGUAAAUGAUGACAAUGACAAAGAGAUUACAAAGAAACAAAAAGUAAUACAAGAUACACCAGCAACAGCAACAAUCACAACUACAUCAUCAACAUUAAUGGUGCUAACUAAUCUACAACAACCACCAGCAGUUGCGGUGAAUGGUAACAAAUUCUUUUUUGGAAAAGUUUCGAAUCUUCUUGAUGAUUUAGGUUGGACAACAGAUGAAAAUGAUGAUGAAUAA